AUGAAUAAUAAUAUCGAUACAAUUUUAACUGAAUUAGGGUGGAAUGAUGGAUUUCGAAUACCGGUAGCAAAUGAAGAAAACAAACAAUUAGAAGAAGAAAUUGAAAAAAAAAUAAAAUUAAAAGAGAAUUUAAGUACAAAACUCGAGUCAACAGAAGAACGAAUUAAAAUGAUGAAAAAACAUAUUAACAAUUUAAUAACAGAGAAAGAUAUGAAUCAAAAACUUUUAACCGCUCAUUCGACACAACUAAAAACUGAAGAUCACCAUUACCGAUUGAGUUGUAACACUGAAUCGAGUCUUCGGCAAGAAGCGCGGAAUUUUCAAAAAGAAUGGAAAGAAGUAAAUGAGAUGGUAUUAAAUAUUGAAAAGGAAUUACAGAAAAUGACAAAAAAUAUAGAAACCACAAAAAAGACACUUAAAUAUGAUGAAAAAGCUUUGCGAGAGUGGGAGGAAAUAUUGAAUGAAAAUGAGGAUAAUAACGAAUUAGUGGAACAAUAUAUGAAAGAAGAUUUAAAAGAAUAUAAGGAACUGGAAUUAAAACGACAGAAACUUAGUAACGAAUUACAAACAUAUCGGGAUACAAUUACUAAAGCAACAAAUGAAGCACGAGAAAUGGAGAUUAUUUUUAGUCGAAUAUCCACAUUGUAUGAUCAAGCAUUAAUAGAAUAUCGUCAAAUAUUUAAUCAAUGGAAAGAAAGUGUAAUCAUGUUACAGCAAAGAAAUGAUGAUAUUAAAAAAGUUAUUCAAGAAACUGAAGCACUACACGAAAUUUCUAAAGAUAAAAAAAAAAUAUUGCAAGAAACAGAAAAAUUUUGGAAGGAACAAAUUGAGAAUAAUAAGCAAGUUCAAGAUUCGAUUAAAAAAUUAGAUAAAGAGCUUACUAUGAUGAAAGAAGAACAGAAUAAGAUGAAGGAAAUGAUUAAUACAUACGAAAAUCAAUGCCUGAUACAAAAAAAUAUUAUGAAGGAAUUAACUCAACAUGUACAGCAAGUAAGAGCAGAUAUAAAACAUAAGAAAUUACAAAUUCAAAUUAAAAAUACAAAAAUAGAAAAAGUAAAUAAACAAAUAACUGAUUUAACUACAAAAUUACAAGACAUUAAUAAGCAAAAAGUAAACAUUGAAGGAAAGGCAAAAGAACUGGAGGAUAUGAUUCAGGAACAGGAGAAAAAAAAAUCCAAAAUGUCCAAAGAAAUGAAUCGAUUACAAAUGGCAAAUUUACAUAUUAUAAAUCAAAUAAAAGACUUAGAAAAUGAAAAUAAAGUUUUAAAGAUGCAAUAUGAAAAGGAAACUAAAAAAUGUGAAUAUUUAGAUAAAUUAUAUAUUAAAGAAGAACAAACUUUAGAGAAUAAGAAGGAAGUAUGGUAUCAAGUAGAAUUUGAAGUCAGAAAAUCUGAGAUGAAAUUGGACAGAUUAAGAGGUCAUGAAUAUAAUAAGUCUGUAGCAGAGAAGAAACAACAAAAGAUUGAAGAACUUCAAACUACCUUAGAUGAGAAAUUGAAAGUUUCUAAAUUAUUACAGAAACAGAUAACAACUUUAGAAGAUAAUAUGAGAAAAAUAUCAAACAGUUUAGCAAGCGACAACAAUGAAUUAGAGUACUUACGAAAUAAAAGGCAAGAUCUUGUUCUUCUCAUGAAUGCGGGAGAAAAACAACUAAAAGCUGCUCAAAAUCGAUAUGAGGAGAAACAAGUAGAAGAAAGCAUGUUACGGCUUAAAGUAUCCCAAAUGGAGAAAAUAAUAUCUAAUAUAGGGAAUAAUGUUUAUGAUUUAGAAAGAUAUAGACUUGAAUUAGAAGCAGCAAUGCGGGAACGAAAAGUAGAAAUUGCAGUGCAAAAGGAAUCUCUAAUUAUUCAAAAAAGAAUUGCUGAUGGUGAAUGUUCAGAGUUCAGAAAUGCUAUUGCUGAGAGAAAAAUACGAAUAAAACAAUUACAAGCAAGGUAUGACAACUCCACAGCUUUGUUAGGUACUAAUCCCGAUGGUACUCCAAUAAGUACUACACAUAUCAAAAUUCAAAAUGCACAAGAAAAAUACCUUUUACAAGAACAAGGUGAUAAAUUAGAUGAAACAAUCAGAAAAACUGAAGAAGAAAUACAAGCUAUGGAAAAUACAUUACGAGUAAUAAAUGUCUGUAAUGACAAAUACAAAGUAACUUUAACUAUAGAUGAUCAAAAUAAACCAGAAGUGGAAGAACAUAAAAAAUUAGAUGAACAACUACACUAUACAGAACACAAUUUAAAGGAAAAAAAGCAAGAAUUGCAAACUUUAACUGAAAAUAUGCAGAAAAUACAAACUGACUAUGUGCAAAUACUUAAAGAUAUAGAAGAAACUCAAGAAUACAAAGAAAAUAAAAACCAAUAUUUAACUGAUCUAACACAUCAAAUUCAUGAACAAAAACAAAAAAUAUCAAGAGCUAAUAGAAGUUUACAGAUUGCUAAAAAAAGUAUUCAUCAAUUGUUUGAAACUACAGAAGAUAAAACUUUGCUCAUACAAGAAAAAGAAACAGAACUGCGUGAACUUCAAGAACAAAAUUCUAUUGUUUUGCAAGAUAUUGCAGAUUUUACAGUCCAUCAUAUAGAAGUUGAAUCUUAUAUUAAAAAAUUAUUGGCAGUCCAGAAUAUAGUAUUACCAUCUAUAACUUUAUUUAAUCAAUCACCAGAAUCAAACAAAUCUCGUAGUAAUACAAAUUUAUCAGAAUGUUUGUCAAAAAGAACAAAUCGUGAAAAUAUUAUCGAAAUUUCUAGCAAUAAAGUUUUUGGUGGAUGGCAAAAAGUCUAUUCUCACGAGAGCUAUGAAUUGGGAUGUAAAAUGAAUAUAGGAAUUUUCCUUCCACCACAAAUAGAAGAAGGAUCUGUACCUGUUAUUUAUUGGUUAUCUGGUUUAACAUGUACAGAAGCUAAUUUUAUACAGAAAGCAGGUGCACAAAAAUAUGCUUCUGAACAAGGAAUAGUCUUAGUUGCACCUGAUACAAGUCCUCGUAAUCUUAAUAUACCUGGAGAAGAUGAUGAUUGGGACUUUGGAACUGGUGCUGGUUUUUAUGUUGAUGCAACAAAUGAGCCAUGGAAGAAAAAUUAUAGAAUGUAUAGUUAUGUUACUAAAGAGCUACCAGCUUUGAUUAAUGAAAAAUUUCCUGUUUUACCAGAGAAACAAUCCAUUAUGGGUCAUAGCAUGGGUGGACAUGGAGCCUUAAUAUGUGCUUUAAAAAAUCCUGGUUUAUAUAAAACAGUAUCUGCUUUUGCACCUAUAAGUAAUCCAAUUUCAUGUCCAUGGGGGAAAAAAGCUUUCUCUGGUUAUUUAGGUGGAACAGAAACUAAUGUUGCAUGGAAAGAUUGGGAUGCGACAGAACUAGCUAAAAAGUACAAUGGACCUCCUUUGGAUAUUUUAGUUGAUCAGGGAAAAGAAGAUAAGUUUUUAAAAGAUGAUCAGUUGCUGCCAGAAAAUUUGCUCUCUGCUGCAAAAGAUGCUGGAUUAUCAUUAGUUCUUAGGUUUCAAGAAGGCUAUGAUCAUAGUUAUUUUUUUAUAUCUACAUUCAUUGAAGAUCACAUUAAGCAUCAUGUAAAAUAUCUUAAAUCUUAA